CUUAAAGUGCAGUUGUGAUUUGAAGCACACAUUCAUCGCAGCCUAGACAUGUGCAAACUUGCCGUUGUGGUACUGGCGCUUGCAGGAGUUGCCCUGGCUUACGAACAUCACGGUUUCGUGAGCGAAGUCAAACACAUCCCGUACAAGUUCUACGGCGGUGGACAGGAAGCUGGUCUGGAGGGAGGCAUUGGCGGUGGUUCUGAGGGUGGCUAUGAGGGCAAGGACUAUUACGCCUACCCGAAGUACAAGUUCGAGUAUGGAGUUAAGGACUACCACACCGGUGAUCACAAGAGCCAGUGGGAAAUCCGGGAUGGAGAUGUUGUGAAGGGCGAGUACACUCUGGAUGAACCGGACGGUUCGACCCGCAUCGUGAAGUACCACGCCGACAGCAAGAACGGAUUUGAGGCUGUCGUCAAGAACAUUGGCAAGGGAGGAAUCCAGCAGGAGAGCGGAUCGAUCGGUGGUGGUCAGGAAGGUGGCAUCGGCGGUGGAUACGGAGGAUACGGCCACGGAUACAGCUACAGCAAGCUGAAGAAGUUCAACUAA